UCCAAAGUGGCUACUAUGGGAACAAGCCCCCUCCAGCCGGACAACAAGGGGUUCACCACCUGUCCUUCUCCCCAAAACCCCAGUGUGGGCUUUGCAACUCAUUUUGGGAGCAGCCUUGACCAUGGGGACCCUGCGGCGGUGACUCAGGGAUGCCGGGGGUUGCGAAACAGGCCUGGGAUGGUUUGGGAGACGCCUCCACGCAGCCCCGCCAAGCCCAGCCGCCCCGGGGAGCCCGGCGGGGGAACAAGCCACGGCAGCGUCUGGGCUGUGCGCGGCGGACGACCCGUCAGGCAGGUUUCCUGCAGCCGGAGAGAACCGUCUGGAGCCGGGCAUGUCCCUGCGCCCGCUCACAGGCUGACGGAGCCCCCCGGCUCUCUCCUCGCCGCCGAAACCAUGCGAGCGGCCGGCUUGCUGCUGGCUUGGGCGCUGCUGCGUCCCGUGGGCACCCAGCAAUGCCACCUGGCCAGCGGCGUGCUCCGCUUCACCGACACGCACGCUGAGAUCCGGGUGCCGGCGCUGCACCGGGUGCCCAGCUCGCUCGAUCCCCUCUACGGCCUUGUCCGGCGCUGCCUGGAUCUCAUCCAGCAGAACCCGCUGCCCACAGAGCUGCUCAGGGCAGCCCUGAACAACCCCAGCUCGGUGCGGACGGCACAGGUGGUGCAGUAUGAGCUGGGCUAUGUGGUGUGUGCCGCGGUGGCCCUGCUCUUCACCGUGGCCGUGCCGGUGGCUGGGAUGUGUUUCUGCUACUGCCGGAGCCGCCGGCGGUGCGGGGGCCGCCUGCGUGCCCACCGGCGCUCUCUGGGCUGCCGCCGCCACUGCUUGGUGACCUGCCUGUCCCUCACCUCCCUCAUCAUCCUGACCAGCGUCAUCUGCGCCUUUGUCGCCAGCCAGCGGGUGAAGGGACAGAUGGAGCCAGGGCUGAGGGCCGUGCCGGCCACGCUGCACACCCUGCGGCAGCACAUUGCCAACGUCCCCCAGGGGGUGCAGAUGGUUGUGGACCAGUUUGAGGUGCCCCGGCAGCAGAUCAUCUCCGACCUGGGUGGGCUCAGCCGGAGCGUGGGUCUCUCCAUCCACGCACAGCUGAAGGCCAUGACCUAUGCGGCGCUGGCAGAGCUGCAGGACAGGGCUGGAGACCUACAGACCUCGCUGCACCAUUUACAGAUUCUCGACAAGACGGUGCGGGAGCUGGCGGCGGCGCGGGCCGAGCUGGAGCCUGUGCUGCGGGAACAGCGGCGGCGCACGGUUGCAUUGCUGGAUGACCCGCGCUGCACGUCCUGCGCCAGCGUCCUGGGCAGGGCACAGAGCCUGGAGCUGGGCGCCGACUACGGCAAGGUGCCGUCAGUGGAGAAGGUUUUGAAGGCGCUGGCUGGUCUACCCCGAAGUGACUUUGCAGAGAUGAUUCGCCAGGGCAACGGCACCUUCAACUCCAUCCCGGAACUGGCUGUGGAGAGGAUGGCGCAGCUCAUCCAGGAUCUGCGGGAUGAGAUGGGCCGCGUGACGGAGAAGGUGCAGUCCAUCGCUGACAGCUUCCCCCUCCCCGAGUACACCCGCCCUGCCAGCGAAGCCCUGGGGAAGGCGGAGGAGCGGAGCCGGCCGUACCUGCGGGAGGUGGAGCGCUUCGAGCACUACAGGUGGAUCGCGGGCACAGUGCUGUGCUCCAUCAUCCUCCUCAUCCUUGCCUGCAACGUCACGGGGAUGGCCCUGGGGACCUACGGGCUCUCCAAGCGGGAGGAUCCGAGUGACUACGAGUGCCGAGGAGAAGCCGGCGCUAAGUUUCUCCUGCUCGGCGUGGGCCUGGCUUUCCUGUUCUCCUGGCUCCUCAUCCUCCUGGUUUUCGCCACCUUCCUGGUUGGGGGCAACAUCCAGACGCUUGUUUGCAGGAAUUGGGUCAAUCAAGAAAUUUAUAAGUUCAUCGACACCCCCGGGAACCUGCCGCCAUCCAUGAACCUCACCCGCCAGCUCAACCUCCGCAGGGAUUCCAACCUCAGCGCCACGUACCGGGAGUGCAAGAGUGGCGCGGGGCUGUGGGAGGUGCUGCAGCUCGAUAAGUCCUAUGACCUGGAUGAGCACCUAAAAACCCCCAAGUACACGGCUGAUUUCCAAAAACGCCUGGGCGACUUCACGGCGCGCCUGGGCGAUGUGCGGCUCCUCCGCAGCGAGGGCAGGCAGGACCUGGAGACCUUCGCCCGCAGCGGUGUGGACGAGGUGGACUACGGGCGCUUCCAGGAGGAGAUGAAAAACCCUGUGGUGCAGACCAGCCUCCCUGCCUUGGCGAGAAGCCUCGAGGGGCUGCAGAAAAUGCAGAGGAACAGCACAGUGGCAGGACGGCUGGCCACCGAGGCCCGGGCCCUGUGGCAGAUGCAAAACUCCACGGUGCAAUGGCAGGAGGCUUUGGUGGCAAAGCUGGCGGAAAGCGUCCGGUUCCUCUCCCGCUUGGCACCGCACCUCCAGGAGCGGGUGAAGACCACACUGGCCACCACAGCCUCAGUGGAAGCCCAACUGCCUGUGCAAGCCCAGCAGAUUCUCCGACAGGAGAUCGGCUGCUUCACCAGGAAGGAGCUCCGGUACUUCGCCCAGUACCUCAACUGGGUUGGGCAGACGCUGAGGGAGGACGUGGCUUCGUGCCAGCCGCUCGCCACGGCCCUGGACAAUGGGCGGGUGAUCCUAUGCGACCGCAUCACCGAUCCCUGGAACGCUUUCUGGUUCAGCCUGGGCUGCUGCACCUUCUUCCUCAUCCCCAACAUCAUCUUCGCCAUCAGGCUCUCCAAACAUUUCCGUCCCAUCCGCAACCGGCUCAUCUCCACAGGGUCAGAGGAGACCUGUCCCUUCCACAUCCCCCGUGUCACAGCACUCAAGCUCUAGGAUGGGGGGUCUGCCAGGUGCCCUGCACCCCAGGAGCUCCCAGCAAACUCAUUCCCAAGCCUUGCAGGGCUCUGGGUGCCUCCAGCAUCUCACAGGACUCCGGGUCCCUCUGAUGUCUCUUCCUAGGUGUCCUUCAGCAUCUGAGCAUCCUUCCUGGGUGUGGGGCAUGUCUCCACGCUCUGUGGGGCUCUGGGUCCCUCUGGCAUCUCUUCCUCGGUGUCUGAAGCGGCAUGGACACUCUCACAACCCGGUUGAUCCAGGGCGAAGGAGAAGGAUCCCCCAUAGCUCCCAUUAACCCCUAGUGUACCCCUUGCAGGGAAAGACACCCACCCUCUGCCCCACGACACUUCCCCACACCCGGGACACCCGGCCAGGAGCACAUUAAAGUUCUCCCCAGCCAAACCCA